GUGGGAGGGCCCAGCUCAGCUCACUGUGCAUAGAAAAUCACUGCACCUCAUUUAAAUACUCCUUUUCCCAGCUUCCAGAAAUUAAUUUCCCACGGUUUAUAGACGAGCUGAAGAUCUGUCCGUGUGGAAGCUGAGAGAGAAACUAGAGUAAAACUGCUGAAAGAGCCUGGUCUCUACUGAUCGUUCUGACACUAUGUGGGUGACUAACCUGGUAGCCAUGGCCCUACUGGCCACCACAGCCUCUGCUGCUACUGCCGCCUCGGCAGACAAGGUCCUAAGCAACCACGCCACCCUGCUGGCCGACAACAGCGCCAGCCUGGCCUUCAGCCUCUACCAGAACAUGGUCAAGGAGAAGGACCUGGAGAACAUCCUCAUCUCCCCCGUCGUGGUGGCCUCUUCCCUGGGCCUGAUGGCCCUCGGGGGCAAGGCCUCCACCGCCUCCCAGGUAAAGACCAUGCUGAGUGCCGACAAGAUGAAGGACGAGCAGCUUCACGCCGGCCUGGCAGAGCUCCUGGAGGAGGUCAGCAACUCAAAGACCCGCAACAUCACCUGGAAGAUCAGCAACCGCCUCUACAGCCCCAGCUCGGUCAACUUUGCAGAUGCUUUUGUCAAGAGCAGCAAGAAGCACUACAACUAUGACCACACUAAGAUCAACUUCAAGGACAAGAAGAGCGCUGUGAAGUCCAUCAACGAUUGGGCAGCCAAAUCCACCGACGGCAAGCUGCCCGAGGUCACCAAGGAUGUGGAGAAGACCGAUGGGGCCAUGAUCAUCAAUGCCAUGUUCUUCAAACCCCAUUGGGAUGAACAGUUCCACCAAAAGAUGGUGGACAACCGUGGCUUCCUGGUGUCCCGCUCUCACACUGUUGGUGUACCCAUGAUGCACCGCACAGGUCUCUACGGCUUCCACGAGGACACAGUGAAUAAACUGUUCAUCCUGAGCAUGCCCCUGGCCCAUAAAAAGUCCAGCCUGGUGUUCUUCAUGCCCUACCACGUGGAGUCCCUGGAGAGGCUGGAGAAGCUGCUGACCUGCAAGCAGCUGGACGACUGGAUGGGCAAGCUGAAGGAGACGGCUGUGGCUGUGUCUCUGCCAAAAGUCAGCAUGGAAGUCAGCCACAACAUCCAGAAACACCUUGGGGAGCUGGGUCUGACUGAGGCUGUGGAUAAGACCAAGGCGGACCUGUCCAACAUCUCUGGGAAGAAGGACCUGUACCUGUCCAACGUCUUCCAUGCCUCUGCCAUGGAGUGGGACACUGAUGGGAACCCCAUCAAUACCAGCAUCUUUGGCACCGAUAAACUGAAAAAUCCCAAGUUGUUCUAUGCUGACCAUCCCUUCAUCUUCCUAGUGAAGGACACCAAGACCAACUCCAUCCUCUUCCUUGGCAGACUGGUCCGACCUAAGGGCGAGAAGAUGAGAGAUGAAUUAUAACAACUUUGAGUCUUAGGUGAAGUGUUUUUGUAUGCACGGGUGUUACAGUGUGUUUGUGUCUGUGUGUGUGUGUUUUGUAUUUUCCUAUGCAAAGAGAGGAGAGGGAGAAAAUGAAUUGUACGUCUUAUACCUCAAGAGUACAUUCCCAUUUGAUCAUUUAUGUGCCAACAUUCGUGCCUGUUGUUCACAAUCCAUGAUUCAGAAAUAUAUUUUUGUGUAUUUUGUCCUGUGUUGUAAGAAACAAAGCAUUGUGUACUCCAAAUAAACAUAAACUUCACCUUAACAUGGUAUCAUUAUCUAGCCUGCAAUCCAAACUGAAUAUCAUCCCGUUUCACAAAAGAGAGCAAUAUUCAGUUUGGAUUCCAGGCUAGUUAGUAGUCACCAUCACAACGUGGCAUGUUUGAGUAUUUUAAUUAAGGGCAGAUCACAGGAUGGAUACUUACAUUAAGUAUGAUCUCCCAGACUAUUGCCUUAAAUAUAAAAUCAGCAUUCCUCUCAGGGUUUCCACUCCUAUCUCUCUGUCUGUUAGUCUGGGAUCCCAACUGAAUGCAUGCUCUGUUUCACUAUUGUUUCACUUCACUUUGAAUUCCAGACUAUUUGUUUGUACCAGUUUACUUGAGAUUAAGUCAACAUCAAAUUACUAUUGUCGGGGUAUUCAAAUGUGCUGAGCAAGUAAACUGUUUCUGUUUUCUUUACAGGUUUUGCUAUGAUUACCGUGUACCCGUCACCAAAUAUAAAAUUUUUAGUUCGUGAAAUUCGUGUGGGUUCCAAUAUCUUUAAUGUUUAAAGUACAAUUAUUUUUUUCACAAGCUUUUUCACAAUCUUACUACCUGGUGCUAGCCUAUUGUUCACUCCCCCCAAAGCACAUUCAUCUAUGACCCAGGGGACGCGCCUCUGUUUGUUACUCUGUUUGGCUUUUUACUGAUCCGCACUGAAAGCACUGCUCUGUACUCUUUAGCUAACUAACCUCUGAGUGAAAGAACGAAAGGCGAUAUCUGUGGAAGACUUUUGAUUGAUCAGCCUAGCCCUGUCUCAACACUGUCACGUUUUGCCACAAAAAAAUAAGCUUUUUUGGAACAAUGGAAUGGUAUGAGAUAGUUACAAGUUUUCUCUUUUCCAAUAAAAUUAUAAAACAAAAUAA